GAGCUGAAGCAUAAAGACAUGCGACGUCGGGUGCAACGUCCGUUAGAGUCAGAGCCAGAGUCAGAGUCAUUGAACGCUUGCAUUUGGCAGCCAAACAAAUAAUCAAAGCCUCAAGCUUAGACCAGAAGACUCCAGACUGAAAAGGCAGCCGCGUGUUGCACAGUGCCCCCUUAUACACAGUGUCUUCCGUCCGCCGCGUGCAACAUAAGUAUACGUAAUCAUGGUGGUCGCCACGCCCCCAACCACAGCAACGGGAGUAGGAGGCAGUAGUAGCAAUAGCAGCAGCAGCAGUGGCAGCAAUCCGGGUAAUUGCUACAUGGAUCAGUACCAGAAGUACGCCACGCACUGCGAGCGGGCGGACAGCGGGAACGGAAGCGAUCUGGAGAGCAACGGCGUUCCGGCCAAGCCCGCAUCGCUGCUGACCGACGACAGCGAGGAGAGUGGUCCCUCCUCCCUGGGCAGUGACUCCCUCAACUGCAGCAGCACGGAGUACGUGCGUCAGGCGGCCUCCCAGCCCAGCGGCCAGCUGCAGCUGCAGCGGCAGCGGCAAAAGUCGAUACGCAUGCUGGGAUCCCUGGGCUCCCUGCUGCCGGACUCCCUGCUGCGGGACAUAAGGGAUCGGCGCAGUGCGGAGGAGUACGUGGUGCAGUACACGGGGACCGUCACUACCCAGGCCGAUGUCGAUACCGAUGCCGAUGCCGAUGCCGAUGCCGAGGUCAAGGACAAGCCAAUGCCAGCGGGCAAGAUGUCGUUGCGCCUGUCCCGCGAGUCGCUUAGCGAGGAGAAAAUCGAGGAGCUGCGUGCAGCCGUGGAGAGAGCCAACUUUGUGCAAACCGGUGAGGAGUCGUUGGACAGCAUUGAGGCCGCCUCGCAAUCUCUGCCAGUUACCAGCAACAUCCACGGCCACAGCCACACCAAUGGCAGGGGCAGUGGCAGUGGCAGUGGCAGUGGCAGCAGCAACAUCAACUACAAAUAUGCAGACGAUCAAUACUACAGCUUUCACAUUAACGAGCACGAGAACUUUAGCAGCUUCGCGCGUCACGUCGACGGCGACGAGUCGGAGAUGGCCGCGAGCCUAACGGAACAGCAAGAUCUCUUCGCCGGCUACCGGGAUGUGCGGUGUGGCAGCAGCUCCACCCAGUCUACCAUUCGCUCGGCCAAGGGAACGGUGCGAGGCGUCAAGAAUCGUGUGCGCAAUGGAAUAGCCACGUUCUUGCAGCUCCAGCAGCAGCCCAAUGCCAAGUGCUACAAAGAGAAAGACCUGGGCAAAGUGGUGCUGUACACCACCAGUAUGGGCAUUAUACGGGACACCUACACGAAAUGUGCCAAUGUCAAGCAGAUUCUGCGCACUCUGCUGAUCAAGUUCGAGGAGCGGGACGUCUUCAUGAGCGUCGAGUACCAGGCAGAGAUGCGCCAGCGCAUGCAGACCUCCCAUGUCCGAGUGCCCCAGCUGUAUGUCGAGGGCCAGCACAUCGGCGACGCGGACACAGUGGAGCGGUUGAACGAGUCCGGGGAGCUUCGCCAGCUACUCAAGCUGUACAAGUCCAUUUCCAGCACCUACACCUGCCAGACCUGCGGCGGCUACCGCCUGCUGCCCUGUCCCUCCUGCAACGGGUCCAAGAAGUCCGUUCACCGGAACCACUUUACGGCCGAGUUCGUGGCCCUCAAAUGCAUGAACUGCGACGAGGUAGGACUGGUCAAGUGCCACAACUGCUGAGGAGAGCCCGGGACUGGACUGGAUCCGGAGCUGGAGUGCGGACUGUCUGUAUAGCUCAUAAGUGUUUCUGCAUUUUAUAUCCGCUCAGCCUUUAUUAUUUGUGUGUAAAUCAAGCUAAUCGUAAGCCCUGUUAAGCUUAGUCAGCAAUUAACAACAAGCAGCAUAUU